AUGAUGGACACAGCGGAUCGCGGAAGCAUAUACGAGCACGACAUCCCGUCUCUGAGCGCGUCGCUCGAAGCCUUCGAUCCCGAGCGCAGCAUGCACUCGGCAUACAGCGGGCGCUCCAACAUGCAUUCGUCGCGCUGGAGCGUGCCCCAGGAGGAAGUAGACUCGGAGACCGAGUCGGACGGACCAUGGGCGCCACCAGCCUGGCAGAAGUCCCAAUCGAGCAACCACUGGUACAGGAAGUCGCUACUAGGCGAAAGCGCAAUGCGCAACAGCCCCUCCAAGUCGCCGUUUGAAUUCCGCAGCGACCGUGACGUGACGCCCUCGCGCAUACCACUGCCAGAGUCGCCGUACAAGAUGACACCGCGAACAAGCCCCGAGCCCAUACCCGAGGAAGAGCAGAGAUACCUCUCCAACAACAUCGCGUCGCGGCUACAGAGUCCGUGCGAAGAACCACAGGCGAGCGCUGGCGCAUUGCAGGGGACCGAAUCAACUGUGUCGCAACAUGAUGAGGGGCCAGUAGAGGGGUUCAUGCGCUUUGCUUACAGAGGAGAAGCCAAAUUCCGCACUGCGCCGAUAGAAGACACCAUAUCCACGUUCGCGAGUGGUCUUCAUAUCUUUACCAGGUCGAGAGCGAACGUCAUCUUCACGGUCGCGACCGUCUUCUUAUCUUAUCUAUUGCUGCAGCCCUGGCAAGCUAGUCUCAUUCCGGAUGUCGCCAAUGUCGCCAACAUGGCUAAGCAGUUUGAGCCUCUGCUUUACGCUUCUGAGAGUGUAAUCCCCCGGUCGCGCGAGCUUGCAGAUGCUAGCAUCGCAGUGCAGGACCUGGGGGAGAGCGUCCGCGCGACCAACAUGUCGGCGUCGUCUGUCAUCAUAGACCAGCUAGAUGACCUAGGUGACAGCCUCAAAAUCUUAUCAGAGAAGAUUACCAGUUUCUUUACCAACGUAGAUGGUGAUAUGGACUCCAUCCUCAUAACCAUGGAAUGGGCCAAGCGAGAACUCCAAAGCAUCCAAGGCCCCAAGAUAGGCAUGAUCGACACAGUCAUCGACAACGUCCACGGCGGCCUGAGCAAAAUCGGCCUCCUCGAGCGCAACGGCUCACCAACAGCCAUUGGCCACGUUGUCAACGACAUCCUGGGCCACACCACCCAACAGCGUUCCAAAGCCACGCUACAGCGCACAUUCGACUACCUCCUCUCCACCUUGGAGGAAAACAUUGCCAACGAACUCGCCCGCGCAGAUGUCCUCUUCCAACUUUUUGAAAGCGUCGACCGCCAAUUCCACAACCUGCACCGCUCCGUCGCCAAAGAAGAAGACAGUCUCGCAAACCGCAAAGACGAGUUUCUAGCGAGCAUGUGGCGCCAGACCAUCAACAACAAAAUGAAGAUUAAAAAGUAUGAGAAGAAUCUCAAGUUAUUGAAGGAUGUGAGGGCGAGUACGCUUAUCAACAAAUCGGAACUCAAGGUUCACAUUCAAAUCAUCCAUUCUGUCAGAGAUCAAUUGGACAAGGCAAGGAAGAACUUGAUUAGUCCGCUAAUUAGGGCGGCGCAGAGUAACAGUUUUGGGAUCGAUCAGCAGUUGAAUGACCUCACAGGGACGUAUGGGUUUUUGAAAGGGUUGAGGGAUGAGCAGAAGAAGAAGGUGCGGCAGCAAAUGUGGGGUGAGCCUAAGAAACGCAUAGCGAUCACUUCUGGGGGGAAAGAAGAGGAGGCUGACGAGAACGAGUCAUAA